AUGAAGUUCUUAUCCUCCCUCGUCGUCCUCGGUCUUUCUGCCCAGGCUCUUGCAAGCCCUUACGUUGAUCACCAGGCUACCAAGGACCAGCGUGAUGUAAAUGUUUUCAAGCAGGUCCUCGAACAUAUUAACCUCGAUGUGCAGAAAUUCGACCAGGAUAUCACUCAAUACCAGGGCGGUGAUCCCACAGUCCUUCUCGCUGACUCUAAUGCUAUUAUCAAAACCACUGAGGAAGGCAUUCAGAGAAUCGGACCUCAGCCUCCCCUUAGUGUCACUGAGGCCCUUGCCCUUGUUGGCCCUGUUCAGGGUGUAAACAAGUUGAUUAUGAAGGCUGUCGAUCACCUUAUUGAAAAGAAGGAUCCUCUUGUUGGUGGGGGUUAUGGUCCUCAAGUCAAGGAUAGUCUUGAGAGGCAGGCCCAUGCUGCGAGUCAACUCAGCGAGUUAGUCUCCUCAAAGGUCCCUAGUCCACUCGCCCCAAUUUCCAAACAGCUCUCCGAUCAGGUCGCCAAAGCCCUCCAGAAAGGUAUCCAAGCCUUCUCCAUUAGCGCUCGCCAGGCCACCAAGGUAAAGCGUGAGGCCACCAAGGUCCAGCGUGAUAUUUCUGCUUUCCAGAAGGUCAUCCGGGAUAUUAGCUUGGCUGUGAACAAGUUUAAUGUUGAUAUUGAGCGUUACGUGGGCGGUGAUGCUUCUCAUCUUCUCGCUGACGGUAAUGUACUUAUCAAAGCUACUCUGGACGGCGUUCAGUCCCUCCAAAAUGAGCCUCCGCUUAGCUCCAUGGAAGCCCUUGCCCUUGUUGGCCCUGUUCAGGAUUUAAGCAAUCAAAUCCUACUAGCUAUUCAGAAUCUUAUUGGUAAGAAGGAACCUCUUGUUCAGGCUGGUUUUGGUGGUAAAGUCGAGAACAAUCUUAGGCAACAGGAGGAGGCUGCCCAAAAACUCAGCGAAUUGGUCUCCACAAAGGUCCCCCCCGAACUCGCCGACAUUUCCCGACAGCUCUCCGAUGGUAUCGCUGCUGGCAUCAAGAAAGGUAUUGAUGCCUUCGCCGGCACUGGCCCCGCCCCCACUACCAGUAGUACCCCCGAAGCCUCUACUGCUCCUGCUCCUGCUCCUGCUCCCUCCACUCCUCCUCAGACGCCUGAAGACACUCUUGUUCCUGCCACAUCUACUCCUGCUCCUGGUCCCGCUCCCACUGCUCCUGAUUCUUCCAUGGUCUGGCCUACCUCUACCACUGCCUCUCCCGAUGUGCAGCCUACCAUCACCAGCUCUGGCACUUCGGUUCCUGCCGCGCCAACUGGCGGUAAUUCUUCGCCCGCCGUCCCUGCUUUCACUGGUGCUGCCAGCGCUAACCAGGUCAGCGGCGCGGUUGGUCUUGCUGCCGGUCUCCUUGCUGUCCUUGCCUUUUAA